AUGCAGAUGCUUUUAGAAGGAGAGUAUAGUUUUGUCUUCAUUUAUAAUUAUUUUUAUCCCAAUUUCAUAUUUGCUAAACUUCGUACAGAAAUAGAGCAGGAUUAUAAAUAUCUCGGUUGGAAGGAUUUCGGUAUUGAAUAUUUGGAGAAUAAUUGUGACAAAGUCAGAAAACUGACUUGCGAGAAAGCUUUACGUCAUUCUGCCAAAUCUAGUAGCAUUCUACGAGAUGCUUAUGAAGGAUUUUCCAAGGUUCCUGAUAAUGGAUACAAGCCCGAUUUUCGUGUGAAAUCUCUACUGAUUGCCGGUGAAGUGGAAAUCUGUCUUAUGGAGGCCUCACGUAUUCUUCCAAUCAAUAAAAAGAUCUGUGAUGAUUGGGAUAAAGGAAGGGUUGGGGAUGUAAAAGAAAUAGAAGAAGAUCUUAACAGAGUGCCAGUUUUUGGUAUCCAAGUUGCUGAAGGAACCAUGGCAUGUUGGGUUAUGACUAUGCCAUUUGGAGCCUUUUACUUUGUUCAAUGUCUUGGUUCAGUGCAAAUUCCUAUGAAUCGAGGCCAAUCUUCACUUGCCGGAUUUAUGGAUGAAUUAUGGAAGUUAAGGGCGUCUCUAUGA